UGCGAGCGCUGUCCCAGCGUACAGCAGUCUGCCAGCUACACAGGAAACGCGGCGAGUGGCGGGCGUGGCGUCGCCUCAGUGCCCAUCGCUUCAGCUAGCUUACCGACGAGGUGUGCACUUCGGCCGCAACCAUGAGCGUUCCCUCGCAGCAGCGUCAGACCGCUGGCGCCAGCGACCCGCAGUCAGAGCUGCUGGCUGCGAUGCUGGCAGGGGACUUCGGCAGGUUCGAGCAGCUGCUGGCGAGCGGCGCGGCGCACGCGGCGCACUUGUACGGCAGCCCGCACUUCGGCAACGCCCUCGUGGUCGCCUGCAGGCACCGGGAGCUGCCGCCCACCUUCGCCCAGCGGCUGCUCUGCGACGUCUCUCCCAAUGUGCACGAGCCCAGGCCGGAGCCGGUGCACUACGCCGCAAGGAGCGGCAACGUGGCGGCGCUGCAGGAGCUGCUGUCGCGCAAGAAGACGCGGGUGAGCGCGCAGACGGCGUGCGGCCGCACGGCGCUGCACUGGGCCGUGCUGGGCUUCCGCGACGCGCCCGCGGACAAGAAGCUGGCGGCGCGGCUGGAGGCGUGCGUCGCCGCCCUCGUCGACUGCCCACUGUUCGACGUUAACCGCGCCGACGACGAAGGCUUCACCGCUCUGCACCUAGCAGCGCUCUACGCACUGCCUCGCGCAGCUGCCGCCAUCAUCGACAGCUGCAGGCGAUCGCGGCGGACCCUGCAGGUGGACAACUACUUCGGCGGCAGGCAGACUGCCCGCCAGGCGGUGCUGGCGUCGCUGCCGCAGCUGUGUGGCCGGUUGCCGCGACCCGCUGAUGGCGGCGCUCAGACGGUGCACAUGCGGCUGCUGCGCGCCAUGGACGACCGCGACCCGCUGCGCUACGAGCACAUCAUGGACGCCGCCGCCGACAAGGAGGGCUUCGACCCAGACGUCUGGAUCGAGCAGCCAUUCAACACACGCCUGCUGCACCACGCCUGCAAACUUGCGGAACACACUCAGUCUAGUCGUCCCCAGAAAGAGGAGCCAGUGGGUUGGCUGGGAGAAGAGAACAGCACUGGGCUCCCACCGCUGGUGGCGGCGCUCUUCGCGAAGGAUUUCGGGGCCUUCUGCAGUCUGCUGCAGAGUCGCGAUGUACGGCCCAACGAGCAGUAUGAAGCUCUGGGGGGCUGCACGUGCCUGGAGCUGGCCUGCCGACACCCCGACGUACCAGUGUGCUUUGUGCGGCAGCUGCUCGACAGCGGCGCCAGGCCCAACGUCGACAGCCCUGUGCCACAGCCAGUACACUUUGCUGCCAGGUGGGCCAAUCCGGGCGCACUGGCGGCGCUGCUGUCGCACCCGGAGACGCGCGUCAACGCGAUGGACGCCGGGGGGCGGACGGCUCUGCACGGCGCCGUGCUGGAGCUGGUCGGACAGGCGCCUGGAGAGGUGGCGGACGCACUGGAGCGCUGCGUGCAGCUGCUCGUGCGCUGCCCGCGGCUCGACGUCAACUGCGGCGACGCGCUCGGCUUCUCCAGUAAUGUCACGGAGGUACCUACCAGAGGCGCCACAGCCCAGCACUGUCUCCGGCUGCUCUGCCGCAGGUCCGCGCACCGCGACCUGGACGUGGACAGCGCGGUGGUGGGCGGGCGCACGGCGCGCCAGGCAGUGGCCGCCGACCUGCCGGACCUGGCGUGGGAGCUGCCGCCCCCGCAGGGCGAGCGCGACGCCUGGUCGGACGCCGACCGCCUGCAGGUGCCGCCGCCCAGGGGCGCGGCCGGCGCCGGCGCGUCACAGCUCGCCCUGCGCUUCGCCUCCGUCACGCUCGAGUUCGGCGCUGAUCCGACGGCCGCCAACCUGCUCGACAGCAGGACGGCGCUCCACGUGGUUGCUGCAACAGGCAACUCUGCGAUAGCAGAGCUUCUGCUCUCCCACCCUCCGCAGAGCUUUCCAGUGGGGAAAAGAGCGGGUAAGUUUAAAUCUAGGGCAGAAGAAAAGACGUUAAUAAACAUGAGAGAUCGAGACGGAAACACCGCACUGCACUUGGCAGCUCGAUGCGCUACGUCGGGAGACAAGCUGGACUGCCUGCGAAUACUUCUGGCCGCCAAAGAUGUCGCCCCAUGGCUGCACAACUCGCAGGGCGAAACAGCUAUACAUGUCUCUGGGUGCGCAGCGGCCAAAGACCUCAUACUGAAACACACCAACAGUGCACGUCCCGAGUGGCGACAGACGCACUACUCUGACGACGUGCGUAACCUCUUCGAGAUGAUCAUUAACAAUAAAUUUUCAGAACUGAUUGACGAGCUGGAGCAGAAUAACGCCUGGCACCUGGCUUGUACAGACUAUUGCGGAUACACACUACUGCAGUAUGCGGCAGAGAAAGGACUUUACGAAGUUGCCGAAGCACUGCUCAAAAGAGUGAACCUGAGUAUGAGUUAUGACGCAAACGGAAGAACGCCACUUAUGCUUGCCUGCGUACAAAACGAUUGUAAGAUGGUCCGACUUUUAUUAGAGGCAGACGGCAUAGGAAGCAGCAAUGUCAAUGCAUUCGAUUCUAAGAACAACACUGCACUUCAUUUUGCUGCCGAGAAUGGAGAUCUGGAAAUCGUUCUGAUCCUGUUGAGGCACGGUGCCGAUGUAUGCGCGAGAAACAAAACGGGAAAGUAUCCGUUUUCAGCAGAGCAGCUAGAAGCUAUACUGGAUAAAAAUCUCUACACUAAAGGAAAUCGCUUACCUUCUCACAGGAAUUACGUUGUAGUUUUCAAUUACCGCCUUUUGGUGCGUCACAGGCAGUGUUCCCCCCCUACCGCAAACCUCAGUUCGAUAUUUCGAAGGCCCUGUAAAGUUGGCAAAACACGACGUGGCGUGCAAACGGCACCAGGUCUACAAUCUCAAUAUUCAGAAAUGUACUUCCUAAACUGUCUGAUCAAUUCGAAACAGCAUACAAGCUUACUGCACCAUCCUGUUAUUUCAAGCUUUUUGAAACUGAAAUAUGAUCGUGCAAAGUGGCUUCUGUAUCUUAAUCUCUUCCUCUCUAUGAUAUUUGCCAUCUUGAUCAACACCUUCAUUGGUGUACAUAUCAGUAACAGAGACAGUGACGAUGAAACCGUAACCGAAUUUUCUCUGCGUGUGGUUGUAAUUAUAUUGGCAGUAAUUAUGUCAGUCAGAGUACUGCUCCAAUAUCUUCUCAGCCCACUGCCGUGCUUCAAGAACCUAGAGAACGCUGUUGCCUUUCUGGUCAUUAUUUUCACAGGACUCGUUCUAUCUGGCUCACUUGGCUCGUGGUCCCAUGCUGCGCUCACCGGCUCCGUUCUCUCCUCCUGGUUACACCUCUUCGUGCUAACAGGUCGCCACCAUUUGUUUUCCAAGAAUUUUGAAAUGUUCAAAACGGUCUCCGCAAAUUAUUUACGCCUUCUCGGAUCGUACAUCUUCGUAGUCUUCGCAUUCGCCUUUAGCUUUUACAUUAUCUUUUCUCACGUCCCCAUUUCGAAUAGAAAUUCCUCAAUCCAGUUUCCAGAAAAUAUUUCGGAACGUGUAGCCAACCUACCGUCUCACGAAAACUCGAGCGAGUGUGCCGAAAACAACUUUUUUGAAAGCCCAACGAGGGCGAUAUUCAAAACGUUCAUUAUGAUGACCGGCGAAUACGAUGCUGGUGAUUUGCCCUUUAGAUCGAAUUUCUGGACAGGCGCAAUAGUGUUCAUUCUCUUUCUGUUCUUACUGCCUGUGGUGCUACUAAAUUUACUCACCGCACUCGCCAUAUCGGAUGAGCAACGAAUAAGAAGUAUGGCAGGCACUUUGAAACUAGUCAUUCAAGUGAAAUUUUUGUGGGAGACAGAAGGGAUGGCCAUGAAUGCACACGGCCUCCUUAAACACUGGGGCUAUAGUAGACUUGCUGAACAUCUUGAAACGCUUUGGGUUUUUCACAGAGUGCCUGCAAAUGAUGCCUACAUAGAAGUAUGGCCGAACAGGGUAGGAGGGAUCCGCAUUUCGGGAACUCAUGACUCGUCUCAUAAACUUAAGCCACGCAUUGUGCAGAAUGCGAUAAACAUCGUGAAAAAUCGAACAGCGUCGUCUGCAGAGCCCAGUGACAAGCAGCGUAUCCUUUCUGAAAUACUGAAGCGGCUUGAAUCGUUGGACGAUAAAUUCCAGAAACUAACUGUCGAUUUGGAAGCAAGCCUAACGCCAACAACGCGAGAGCAGCAACCCGAUGAAUCGCUUCUUGCAUUGCCAACACAGUGACUGCAGGCAAGACGGCAUAAGAAAAGUCCCUGACAGCUCGCGGCUCUGUAGCCAACGGCUGCAAGAGAAAACAAUAGCCAGGUAUACGGCUGUGGCGACGCUGAGUCGUUGCCAUAGAGAUGGUUACAAAAUCGCGUUACGCUAUCGGUUGAGAUAGGCGCGCGAAGCUCCGCGCCCAGCUCAUUGCAACUGUCAGAAAACAACUUAGGCCGACUUAAUUAUAGCUGAAGAAAUCUGAGGGCUGCCUUCUGCAUUGCUUUUAUUUGCUGACAAUCGCAGCCAUUCUGUAAGUUGUACGGGUGCCAUGCCAACAAACUUCCAUGUUAUUAUUAAAAUGUUGAUACAAGUAAGCCACAAUCUCUUGUGACUAAAGAUAAGAAAAAAUAGUUUUAUUUUCUGGCAAAAUUCAGCGUCAUUUUUGUCACAUUCAGUGAUUUUUUUGUCUAAUAUGAUGUUAUUUUAGACACACUCGGUGCUAUCUUUUGCCAAGUUCGAUGUUACUUCUAUGCCAAAUUCGAUGUUACUUUGUGCCAAAUUCGUUGUUACGUUUUUGCAAAAUUCGAUGUUACUUUUUUUCAAAAUUCUGUGUAACAUUUAAGACAUAUUAGGUGCCGUAUUUUUGCCAAAUUCUGUGUUCUAUAUUUUGCUAAAUUUGUUGUUGUUUUUCGCCAAAUUCGUGUUAUUUUUGUCCACAUUCGGUGCAAUGUUUUGGCCAAAUUCGGUGUUAUUUCUUGCUAAAUUCGCUAUUAUAUUUUUGCCAAAUUUGGUUUUGUUUAUUUUGCUAGUUUAGUUGUUUAUUUUGCAAAUUAGAUUUUUGGCCAAAUUCGGUGCUAAUUUUUGGCCGAAUUCGGUGCUAUUCUUGCUAAAUUCGGGGUUAUAUUUUUGCCAAAUUUGGUGUUGUAUGUUUUGCCGAAUUCGGAGCUAUUUUUUGUCCACAUUGGGUGCUAUUUUUUAGUCAAAUCCAGUGUUAUUUCUUGCCAAAUUCGGUGUUAUUUUUUGCCAAAUUUGGCAGUUUUUAUUAUCCUUUUUAUCAAAUUCUGUGUUGUUUUUGCCACAUUCGACGUUUUUAGCGAAACUCGUUUCAUUUUUUGCUAAUUUCGGUGUAAUUUUUAUGUCAAAUUCAAAGUUACUUUUAUGCCAAAUUCGGUGUUAUUUUGUGCCAAAUUGUCUCUUAUUUUUUUGCAAAACCUGACGUUAUUUUUUUUUGCCAAAUUUGGUGUCAUAUUCGCUCCAAAUUUGGUAUUAUAUUUUCACCAAAUUUUGUUUAUUUUGCAAAAUUCCAUUUUUUUAUGUUUGUUCCACCAAAUUCGGUGUUUUUCAGAUAUGAUAUUGUUUUUUACCAAAUUUUGUUUUUCUGAUAAAUUUCAUAUUAUUUUUGCUAAUUUCGGUGAUAUUUUCGUCCACACAUCAGAGACCGUUAUGCGGCAAAUGAACUCUCAGUUUAAUAGUGUAAACGGAACUCAGCAGUUUUAACAAUCAAUAACUAUCACUUCGAAUAUUAGUAAACUGACGCUUUCAGAUUUAUAACAUUUCUAUGUGGCAAAAUUGUAAAUUUCACGAUGUCUCUAUAAGUCGACAAUUUCGAAUUAUGUAGCCAAAAACAACUGAUUUUGCGUUAUUUUUUGCGUUAUGGUUUUCUCGGAAUUUUCCUGUCGCUACUUAUGACCAAAUACAGGGCACUUCGAUGCAUCUUUUCUGUCCGCCGAAUAGUGACAGCAGGCUCUAUUAUACUACUUAUAGAAGUUAAGCAGUUGCCGUUAGUGUUCUGAAGUAGUUGUAAUACUAGUAUAUAAUAGAGAUCCACUGUCACUGAAGGACGAUGGUGUAGGAGAGUGACCCAGUUUAUAGAUUUCCAGUAGUGACUGAAUGGCUCUCACUGUACAGUGAUAGUCCCUUGAAUACUUCAGACAGAGAACAUUUGAAAAUACCCAAACACUUUGCAGCGAAUUCAUGGUCAUGUUGUCCUUGGCUGAUUGGGCUCCAAUUUACACAAGCAGCUGACAGAGACCUCUGUUGACAAUAAGUUCAUUUGUUACAGAUUAUAUCAGUUUGCUUCAGGCCUCUCUUGAAAAUGAUUUUGUUGCGAAUAUGAAAUCUUGCAAAUGGCCAGGCCUUCCCAUGAACAUCUCCAUGUAUCUGACAUGGGCUCGUCAUCGAAGCUGUUGCUGAUUUAGCAAGAUAUAAAUACCAGGCACAACUGAUCACUGUAUAAUACUUUUGUUCAGGACUUCGCCCCUCCCUAAUAUCUGGAGAAUCACAAUAUACUCGAGUCUCAGUUUUUCCGUUACCAAUCUGUUUUUCCAAAUACUUGUCCAUGGCGUUAACAGCUGCUACUUCCGUAGCUAGUGGUGUUCCAGUGGAGAAGGUAUAUUCUCUUAUGUUUCCGGUUUAAGAAGCAAUCAAAUAAAAAAUUUAUACGAUUACUCAAACUCUUCUUGGACAAAACUCAUUCCGUUUUGUGCAGCAUUGUUUAACAUACAAAGAUCGCCCUUUUCUUCAAAUCAGCUGAUAAAAAAGUUGGUUUAACGGACAUGACAAACUAUGCAGAACAAAACUUGUGCUGCAAAACAUCAUUUACUGAGGUGCAUGGUCUAGCCUGUAUUGAAUGUGUGCAAGAGUCAUAAUGACUUUGCCUCUGGGACUGUCUACUGGAAUUUUGCACUCUCAUAGUCACAGUCGAAAAAGGUCCAUCUAUAGUGUCCUACUUCCUGAAUGAGAUGUUUGUAGACAGGAUGGUUAUGAAAAGUUGAGUCUUUUGCUACAUUAUGAAUCAAUAGCGAAUGUCGUCAUAAUUGUUCAGAUAACACUGCCAUGCGAGUGUAAGAAGAGACACGUAGCUAAACCCAAAACAAAAUUGCUUCACGAGCAGCUAAGGUAUUUGAUUAUAAGAGAAAAGUAGUUGAUUUCGUAAAGGAAAUCAGUGUUC